GGGCAGAUCGCGACGAUCUCCGGUGGCCAGUAUUUGUGCACACGUCGUCGAAGCGGGUCGAACUUCUCGGACCUGCGCGCAAAUAAUUUUUUUUCUUUCGUUCGAACGACAAAGGUUCGUCGCUUAUCGCGUUGAAGUCUUUCGUAUAGGAGAGCCCGGAAAGCAUUGCGUGUGUUUUGAUUUGUGCUUUGUUUUUUCUUCCGCAAUCAAACAUGAAUGCGCAGACUGAUGCAGUGUGGUAAAGGAAAACGAGACAGAACCGAAAACAAAAACAAAAAACAAACGAUGGUGACUGACUCAGAUUUCAAGUGCUUUAUUGAGCCGUCGGUGUGCGCUAGCGUUCGAAAUCGGCAGCAAUGAUCGUGCGGAACGAUCGACGCGAAACGGCAAUGCAACAGCAAUCGUACCUGUAGUUGUAGUUAGUUUAUUAUCGCUUCGAAAAGAGUCUAUGGUAGUGAUCGAAGAUCAUCCACUUCGUGUGUAGCUUCGUGAUUGUUGUUUUCGGGAGAAGCAGUUAAAGCUUUCGUAGUGAUUUCGACUGUAACAAGUGAUUUCUUUGGAGCGACAGUGAGUGUGUGUGCGUGUGUGAAGUGCAUUUUGUAACGACUGUUAAAGGACAUUUAGUGGUGAAUAAGAAUUAAAACCCCACUCAAACGAACAUGGAAACGUGUGUGUUAAUACCGCAAGAGUUUGCGCUGGCCGUGACAGGGGUGGGUGCUCGUAAUUCCCGUGAACAAACGGCCACGGUAUGGUCAAACACGGCCAUCCCGCAAGGUACGCUGUGCUAUCCGUUCCAGGGCACAGUUCGGAUCGACAACUUGGACGUGUAUUCUACCAUCGAGGAGGACGAUAUUCGACACCGGUUUGGACUGUACGACGAGAUCACCAGUGUCAAUGGACGAACGGUACGACACUGCAACUGGAUCCGGUUCCUGCGCGUGUCGGAAACGUACGGCCCACAGGUGAACGUGGUCUGCGCCAAGGUGAAAGGUGAGCCGAUCUACGAGAUCGUGAAGGCAAUCCCGUCGCAUCAGGAGCUGGUCGUGUACUACCUGCCCGAGGGUCCCGAGGAGCUCUUCUUCAUCCGGAUGCGUAGCCAGCUGUACCGUCAAACGAUGGACUCGAUCCUCGAAGACUCACCGCUGGACCUUUCGACGUCGCUCCUGUCGCGGGUGAUGCUACCGAUCUCACCGUCAUCGGGCGCCGAAGAUGAACACAAAUCGGUGUCGGGCGACGACUCAUCGAUCUCGAUCUCGUCCGGAGCCAGUACCGGGGGCGAUCGGUGUGACGCCGGGCUGGACCUAGAGCUGGCGGCCAUCUCCAGCGGACCAGGAUCUCGGGCCUCACCCAAGGCCCGUCCGUCGGCCCGUUCCGAGCGGGCGAUGCUGCCGUGCGAAGUGUGCGGCAAGGCGUUCGAUCGUCCUAGUCUUCUGAAGCGUCACAUGCGCACACACACCGGCGAAAAGCCGCACGUGUGUGGGGUGUGCGGCAAGGGCUUCAGCACGUCCAGCUCGCUCAAUACCCACGUCCGGAUACACUCGGGCGAAAAGCCGCACCAGUGUCAGGUGUGCGGCAAACGGUUCACCGCCAGCUCCAACCUCUACUACCACCGGAUGACGCACAUCAAGGACAAACCGCACAAAUGCAGUCUCUGCUCCAAGUCCUUCCCGACGCCGGGUGAUCUCAAGUCGCACAUGUACGUCCACAAUGGGUCCUGGCCGUUCAAGUGUCACAUCUGCUCGCGAGGCUUUUCCAAGCAGACCAACCUGAAGAACCAUCUCUUCCUGCAUACAGGUGAUAAACCGCACGUCUGUGAAAUUUGCAACAAAUCGUUCGCACUUGCCUGCAACCUGAAGGCCCACAUGAAAACGCACGAAGACACGGGCUCGAGCCACGAAGGAGAAUCGAACCGUAGCACCCACAGUCACAGCGAGGGCGAGGAAUCCAAUUCCUCGCCAUCUUCGCUGCAGGGUAGCACGGCCAGUUCGUUCGAGAAGGCGGAUGCCGAUCGGUUGGCCAACUUCUCCAAACAUCUACUGUUCUCGAGCUACACCAAACAGAUGCUGUCCGGAGUGGGCUGAUAAGGCGACGGCUGUGCAGAACAAGUGGUUGGCUUUGUCCACUUUACCGCCGGUACUAAACUGGGCGCACGCACGUAAGCACACAAAGGUUGCACUCACUCGCACUCCCUUCAUCACUUACGACUAGAUUAGACACGGACUCUCACACUCACAGCUAAUAUUUUACCCACACCCAGAACAAACAAACAAAUAGACCUGAAAGGUUUGGCUUGAAAGGUUGGGAAGAAAGGAGAGGAAGAAAGAGGAGUGGAGAAAGUUGGUAACCAAUUUUCUACGCUUCACCCCCCCGCUACCGGUAGUGUUGUUCUCCGAAGAUGCCAAACUUUUGGGAGGGUUACGUUUACGAUUGUCGUUAUUAUUUUCGAGUUCCACGGAGUCCGCUGGCCAAAGACAUAACACGCUUAACUACGAGCACCUUUCCUACCUCCUGGUUCUCUCUGUUUUUAAUUUUUGUAUUCGACACAUAACGCACCUAUCGCAGGACGAGGCCUACGCGUGCAAGGGGACGAAUGGGGCACGCAUUUAGCGAAGAGUAGUGACAGAUAAGGGCGCUCGUGCCGCUCGGAAAGGAUAGUGUAAAUAGGUCACUUUAUCGUUCUUGAGUUUUAUCGAGAAAGAAUUAUGGAUUUUUACAUAGCUGUAAUGGUCGUAAAUUGUACAGUGAGAAAAUAAAAUUACUACGCCGGAAGAUACUUACAAAACAUCAAAUAA